AUGGUCAUCACUAGCUUUGCCGACAAGUCUGGCAGCUUUAACAGACAAGUCAGCUCUUUCCGAGACGUCAUUGAACCGGGAGGAAAGUUUGGGCCCGAGAAAGGACGCUACCACCUCUAUGUCAGCUUGGCAUGCCCUUGGGCCCAUCGUACAUUGAUCGUCAGGAAGCUGAAGGGUCUUGAGGACUACUUUGAGGCAGAUGUGUCGGUCGUCCACCCCCACAUGCUCGAGAAAGGCUGGCAAUUUGUCCCCAAGGACCUUGCCGACGCCAAACCUGCCCCCGCCUCCGAGCACAACAACGAAACCUUCCCCAACGCAACCGUCGACCACCUCUACGGCUCUUCCCACAUCCGGGAUCUCUACUUCAAGGCCGACCCCGAGUACUCUGCGCGAUUCACGGUACCCAUCAUUUGGGACAAGCGAGAAAAGACGAUUGUCAGCAACGAGUCGAGCGAGAUCAUCAGGUUCCUCAAUACGGCCUUCAACGCGGCAUUGCCCAAGGACAAGGCGGAGAUUGAUAUCUAUCCUGAGGAGCUGAAGAAGGAGAUUGACGAGCUCAAUGAGUGGGUGUACAAUGACAUCAACAACGGUGUCUACAAGAGCGGUUUCGCUACUACACAGGAAGCCUAUGAGAAGGCGGUCAAGCCUUUGGCCAGCUCUCUUGAUAGGGUCGAGAAGAUCUUGAGCGACGGACGAGAAUUCUUGAUCGGCGGUAAGUUGACUGAAGCCGAUAUCAGACUCUUCACUACGAUCAUCCGAUACGACCCUGUCUACUAUGUCCACUUCAAGUGCAACUUUGGUUCCAUCCGACACGACUAUCCUUACUUGCACAAGUGGCUUCAGAAGCUGUACUGGAACAGCCCCGCUUUCAAGGACACCACCGACUUUGACCACAUCAAAGAACACUACUACUACUCGCAUAUCAACAUCAACCCUAACAGGAUCGUUCCUUUCGGCCCCAACGUCGAUAUUGAGCCUUUGAAGUAG